CUACAGCAUUUCUUGUUGCUAUCUUCGUUUCUAUGGUGGAUCAAUCUGUAAGUAAGAAAAGACGUAUAUCUAGCGAGAUGAAGAUUAAUAAGGAGGAUGCUGCUCGUACGCAGGAGAAACUCGACGAGCUCAUGCAACGAUUUGAUUCGGUGGGCGAAAGUAUCAUUCAAGAGUUUCCCGGUUUAAUACUGGACUUGGAGGAGCGUCUGCCGAAGAUCUUCACUAGGACUGAGGACAUCGUGGAACUGGAGGAUGCCUUUGCUAAGAAGGAGUGUUCAGCAGAGGGAAUAUUGUCGGGUAAACCGAACCCUGUAGUAGUUGAAGUGAACAGGAUCGUUACUAAGGAGUUUGAUAAGGCUAGUGAUAAGCUCUCUCGACUUCAGCGUUAUAUCCUUAUGCACGUACCACGAGAAGAGGAUGGUAACAAUUUCGGUGUUGAAGUCCAGGCUCAGUUCAAUGCAAAAUUGGGUGAAUAUCUGAAAUGGUGUGAUGACACUCAAGACGAGAAUAAGGUCUAUCAUCAGGCUCGAGCUGAGAUUAUUCGGCAGAUGGAGUUUGAGAGAGCUGUGGAGGAAAGAGAAACUGUAUGCGAAAAAGAGGGCAAAACGACUAAGUCCAAAGCCACCAAAUCCGUCGUGAAUGUUCCUCAGCUUGGAGACCUCCUCAGUUUUGUGGCUCGCCAUGACGCUCUGCAGUACUUCAACUUGAAAAACGAAUUGCAGGAGCUGAUCAGCAUGUAUCUUCACUGUUAUAUGUAUCUCAAGAACAACUAUGAGAAGGUAAGAUGGCCUCGAGGAAAAUCCGAAGGCAUGAAUAUGCAUAUGUAUUAAUAUUUCUAUUGAAGUACACUCGAGUCGUUUCAAUGAUAUACUGUUGGUGGCUGAGGCCAUCAUAACGUAAGUUAAUACCACACUGUCAAUAACAACUGCAUCCACAGUCAGUUGCUGGU